GGCACCGGACUCGGCUCGCUCGAUAGACGCGCAGCGGCGGCGGCGGCAGCAAGCCGAGGAGGGGGAGGGCCUGAGCCAGUGGCGAAGAAGGCCCAGGAUUAGGGCUUGGACGGAGAGGCGCAGUGAGGCAAGGAAGGGGAAGCCUGCAAGAGGUGGCCGGAGCGGCCUUCCAGGAGUCUAGAGGAAAGGGAGGGCGCCGCUGUUGCUGCUGGCGGUGGCCGUAGGACUCCUGGCGGGGAAUUAAGAGGAAAGGAAAGCUGUCGUUUCCCGGCUUGGCUUGCCUGUGAGUGUGCGCGUCUAGAGCAGCACAGCAGGAGGAAGCGCUGCUGCUGCUGCGUUAAUCUCGCACUGUAUUUAUUUACUCCGUGCCUCCCUCCCUCGUUCCUUCCUUCCUUUCCCUUCCUGUUGUGGCUCUUUCCUCUUCCUUGAUCAGGUCCACUCCCUCCCCUACCUGAGAAGGGUGGCUGCUUACUGCCCCUGUGAUUUGUGUGUGGCUUUGGAAGCCUCUUUCGGCCCUCGCUGCUCCCUUCUCAGUCUAUGUACAUGAUGAGGAUUGGAUGAAGGGGAAGGAGAGGGAGGGAGAGAGAGAGAAACGCUUCUUCUUGGCAUCUCUCCCCCCGUUGGGAUCCCAGAUUCUGCCCGCCUGCUUCUUUGCUCUCUCGGUUCGCCUCUGCUGUGGUUUGUAUGAGGUGUGUGUGAUAAGGCGGGAGUAGGAGCCACGGCAAGAGGGGGGUGGAGAGGGGGAGGAGGGAGAGGAGGCGGCGGCGGCGGCGGAGGGGGGAGAAGAACAGGGUGCGCCGCCGAAGAGACCAUGAAGAAAUUCAGGAAGGUGUUGGACGGCCUGACAGCGGGCACGUCGUCGUCCUCUUCGGCUUCCUCCGCCACGCAACAGCAGCAGGCUGCAACCCGGGAGAACGACAUCCAGGAGACCCUACAGUCCGAGCACUUCCAGCUCUGCAAGACUGUACGCCAUGGUUUCCCCUAUCAGCCUUCGGCCUUGGCUUUUGAUCCUGUUCAGAAGAUACUUGCCAUUGGGACUCAGACUGGUGCUUUAAGGCUUUUUGGUCGGCCAGGAGUUGAAUGCUAUUGCCAACAUGAUAGUGGUGCUGCAGUAAUCCAGCUUCAGUUUCUGAUCAAUGAGGGAGCCCUUGUGAGUGCCUUGGCUGAUGAUACGUUACACUUAUGGAACUUGCGUCAGAAGAGGCCUGCUAUACUGCACUCUCUAAAAUUUAACAGAGAAAGGAUAACAUUUUGCCAUCUGCCUUUCCAGAGUAAAUGGCUGUAUGUGGGCACUGAAAGAGGAAAUAUACACAUUGUCAAUGUGGAGUCCUUCACUCUCUCAGGCUAUGUCAUAAUGUGGAAUAAAGCCAUUGAACUGUCAUCCAAGUCCCAUCCUGGACCUGUUGUCCAUAUUAGUGACAAUCCAAUGGAUGAAGGCAAGCUAUUGCUUGGUUUUGAAUCGGGAAUAGUAGCAUUAUGGGACCUCAAAUCCAAGAAGGCGGAAUACAGAUACACCCAUGAUGAGGCAAUCCAUUCUGUAGCUUGGCAUCAUGAAGGAAAGCAAUUUAUUUGUAGCCAUUCAGAUGGCACCUUGACUAUAUGGAAUGUAAGGAACCCUACCAAGCCAUUGCAGACAAUCACUCCACAUGGAAAGCAGGUAAAAGAUGGAAAGAAGCCAGAGCCUUGUAAACCUAUUCUUAAAGUGGAAUACAAAACUACCAGAGUUGGAGAACCUUUUAUCAUCUUAUCAGGUGGUUUAUCAUAUGACACUGUAGGAAGAAGACCCUGUUUAACAGUUAUGCAUGGGAAGAGCACUGCUGUUUUAGAAAUGGAUUACUCAAUAGUUGAUUUUCUAACCCUCUGUGAAACUCCAUACCCUAAUGAUUUCCAAGAGCCAUAUGCUGUGGUCGUUCUUCUAGAAAAAGAUUUAGUACUUAUUGAUCUUGCACAAAAUGGGUAUCCUAUAUUUGAGAAUCCCUAUCCUUUGAGUAUACAUGAAUCUCCAGUCACCUGUUGUGAAUAUUUUGCCGAUUGUCCUGUGGACCUUAUUCCAGCACUUUAUUCAGUUGGGGCUCGACAGAAGCGUCAAGGUUAUAGUAAGAAGGAAUGGCCUAUCAAUGGUGGAAACUGGGGUUUGGUCACACAGAGUUAUCCAGAGAUCAUUAUUACCGGGCAUGCGGAUGGCUCAAUCAAGUUUUGGGAUGCCUCUGCAAUAACAUUGCAAGUGCUAUACAAACUAAAAACAGCUAAAGUCUUUGAAAAAUCUCGAAAUAAAGAUGACAGGCCUAGCACAGACAUAGUGGACGAAGACCCAUAUGCCAUUCAAAUCAUUUCAUGGUGUCCAGAAAGCAGGAUGUUGUGCAUAGCAGGCGUUUCUGCACAUGUCAUUGUUUACAGUUUCAGCAAACAAGAAAUUUCAACAGAAGUCAUUCCGAUGCUCGAAGUACGGCUAUUGUAUGAAAUAAAUUAUAUAGAAUCUCCAGAUCCUGAGCAAGUGCCACCACUGCCUACUCCCGGCACAGGUUCUAAUCCUCAAUCCAUCGCUCCCCAGUCUCAUCCAUCCACUAGCAGCAGCUCAUCUGAUGGGCUUCGUGAUAAUGUCCCAUGUUUAAGAGUUAAAAACUCUUCCCUCAAACAGUCUCCAGGCUAUCAGGUUGAGCUGGUUAUCCAGUUAGUAUGGGUGAGUGGAGAACCUCCUCAGCAGAUAACGAGCCUUGCAAUCAACUCUGCUUAUGGCUUAGUAGUUUUUGGAAAUUGUAAUGGCAUCGCAAUGGUUGAUUAUAUCCAAAAGACCACGCUCUUAAACCUUGGCACCAUUGAAUUGUAUGGUUCUAAUGAUCCUUAUAGGAGGGAACCUCGAUCUCCACGUAAAAGUAGACAACCAUCUGGAGCAGGUCUUUGUGAUAUUAAUGAAGGUACAACAGUACAAGAGGAUCGUUGCAAGUCACCCACCUCAGGUUCUGGUUCUCCCAACAAUUCUGAUGAUGAUCAAAAAAUGAAUAAUUUUAUAGAAAAGGGUAUAGUAUUUUUAUUUUUAAGAGUAUUCUCAUUAUUUUCUAUAGCUCAUCUUUUUAGUAAAUUGACAUUUUGUAUCAAAAUAUUAUUUGCAGUGAAAACCAAAAGCAGAAAGUUUUCCAAGAUGGUAGCCAGUGAUAUAGCAAAGAUGUCUAGAAAAUUAAGCUUACCAACUGAACUGAAACCUGAGUUAGAAAAUGGAAGUGGAGCGCUCCCACCCUAUAAAGCACACAAGAAAGUUACAUGCAAACUAAAAGUCAAAGAGGCAGAAUUCAAGAAGUCACAAUCAUCCCCUAAUUUCAAUGUUAGAGACAACUCCUUCAGCCGAUCCAGGAGUUCUAGUGUAACCAGCAUUGAUAAGGAAUCCCGAGAAGCAAUUUCAGCUCUUCACUUCUGUGAGACUUUCACUCGGAAAGCUGAUAUGGCACCUUCACCAUGCUUGUGGGUUGGGACUACUUUGGGUACCGUUUUAGUCAUUGCAUUGAAUUUACCCCCAGGAGGAGAGCAAAGACUACUUCAGCCAGUAAUUGUAUCACCCAGUGGAACCAUUCUGAGGCUUAAAGGUGCAAUCCUGAGAAUGGCUUUUCUGGACACUACAGGAUCAUUAGUUCAACCAGCAUAUGAACCCUGGAGAGAACCCAAUGUCCCUGAAGACAAGGAUGAAAAGGAUAAUUUGAAAAAGCGCCGGCCUGUCUCAGUGUCUCCAUCCUCCUCUCAGGAAAUCAGUGAAAACCAAUAUGCAGUGAUAUGUUCUGAAAAGCAAGCAAAAGUUAUUUCACUGCCCUCACAGAACUGCACUUAUAAGCAAAAUAUAACAGAGACUUCGUUUGUCCUUCGUGGAGAUAUAGUGGCACUGAAUAACAGUAUCUGCCUUGCUUGUUUCUGUGCCAAUGGACAUAUAAUGACUUUUAGUUUGCCAAGUUUAAGGCCGCUGUUGGAUGUAUAUUACUUACCACUUACCAACAUGCGGAUAGCCAGAACAUUUUGCUUCACCAACAAUGGGCAGGCAUUGUAUCUUGUCUCGCCUACCGAAAUCCAGAGAAUCACCUACAGUCAAGAAACAUGUGAAAAUCUGCAGGAAAUGUUGGGUGAACUCUUCACACCAGUAGAAACACCGGAAGCACCAAAUAGAGGGUUCUUCAAAGGCCUGUUUGGAGGUGGUGCACAAUCGCUCGACAGAGAGGAACUCUUUGGAGAAUCGACUGCUGGAAAGGCAUCAAGAAGCCUAGCCCAACAUAUUCCAGGUCCUGGUGGUAUUGAAGGGGUCAAAGGAGCAGCAUCUGGAGUAGUUUGUGAAUUGGCACGAGCCAGGAUAGCACUGGAUGAAAGAGGACAGAAGUUGGGAGAACUGGAAGAACGAACAGCAGCUAUGUUAGCCAGUGCUGAUUCUUUCUCAAAGCAUGCGCAUGAGAUGAUGUUAAAAUGCAAAGAUAAGAAAUGGUACCAGUUCUGACAAUGCAUUUUCAAAUACAUCUAUAUAACUUUACCUUGAAGAAAAAUCUCCUUUUCAUUAACUUCUGCAGGACCAGCGAAACUGGAAGGGUGUCAGCCAAUGGAUACUGAUGUUCCCUAGCACAAAUUACACACUGUUUUACCUCAGUCAUACAGCUUUAACUGAGGAUCAUUAUAUUUAAAACUGACACCCAUACAGUAUGUAUGUGUGUCUUACCUGUGGGCUGACUGGGAGCUUGGGAACAGAAUUGAUAACAAAGAGAACACAUGGACAAAAAGGAAAAUUUGGUUUCAGAUGAGCAGGGGCAAUGCAGGAUCUAUCCUGUGUUAAUAUUUCAUAUGCCAAAAGUUUUUGUGCUAUUGUUGUUGCUACCAGUGUUUCACCCUCCUGUGGGAGGUUGCAAUAAAUCAGGGGUCCAAGAGCUAGAAAAAAGUUGUUCAUCUUAAGGGACUAUUAGUAGCUGAUCUACACCUUCCCACCUUAGAGCACGUCAUAAUAGCUGUUACUGGAAAUGACUUCUUCAGCUACCACCUCUCUGAUCUGACAAACUGGAAAUACAUGAGUUCCAUCCUGAAUACAUAGUUAACAUGCACAUAGUCUCUCCUUGGACCCCUGAUCUAGUAUUCUUGUAUUUGCAUCAUCAUACUGUUGCUAUGUUCAGUCUUCAUGAUAAACCAUGGCUUACCAUGACUGCAAUGAGCUGCAGCAAGCCUUAGACUUACAUGUUUCCCCUUCUUGUCUUCUCUUGCUGUGAUGAGAUCAGAAGCUUUCACUUCAGUAUUUUUUUAAUUAACUGCAGCUUCUUGUUUUGUCUGAAGUCAACAAAAGCAAGGUAGCUUCAUAACCUAUGGUUUGAGGUUGGCUUGUUUCAAUAAACCACGGUUAAGAUUAAACAUGUCUUGUUUCAACAAACAAUGGUUCAGAUUAACCAUAGUUUAGGGUUUGGAUACAAUAUUAAACUGCAGUUAAUCAAAAGCUGAAAUUUACAGUCUUCUCAUGCCCAUAACAGAAGAGAAAGGGAUAGGGGGUAUAUGUAAUCUUGGGGCUUGCUGUAGCUCAUUCCUAUUAUGAUAAAUCAUGGUAUGCCGUGAAUCCGAACACAGCCAAUGUCUAGUGCAAAACAAGAGGAUAAGUUACUUUUGCAUUGUAAAAAUAGAAGUGAUUGAAUUGCACAUCAUGCUGGAAGUUUUCAUUUGUGUUAUGGCUGUGUAGUGUGAAAAGUAAAAAUGUCUAUUAUAAUGAGAAAAAACAUUUGUCAUCUUUCAGCCAACUAUAUUUUUUUAUUUUCUUGCAAAUACAGUUGGGUCAAUUUAUAAAAUAUUUUUAAAUGGUUAUGAGUUUAAUUCAUGCUGUACCUCUUAUUUUGUGUGUUUAACAGAAUGUAUUUGUGCAAGCACUUAAUAAGAUCUCUCAGAUACUUAGCUAGCUUACAUGUCCAAUCAAAACCAAAUUGCCAGGUGAAAUCAUCUUGAUUUCUGAACUCUGAGAUACAACUUGAUGAAUAGCAAGCUUUUUGUUAUCAAUUGCAUUAGAGUAAAGUAGUUUUAGAAACAAUUCCAAUGCCAAAGCUAUCGGCAAAAAGGCUGCCUCCAGAAUCCUGUACACAUUUACUUGGAAGCAAGUCCUAGUGAUUUGAAUGGAAUUUUCUUCCAUGUAAGUGUAUUUAAGUUCACUGCAUGAAUUACAUAAUAAAGUUAAAGUCAGAAUAGAUUCUUUCCAAACAAAGCACUAAAAACAAAACUUUAACCUCAAUAUUUUACCACAUUAGAAACUGGUAGAUCCCUACAUAGAUUUGUAAAAGAGGAGGGAUUUAAGAUGUGCCAAACUGAAUCAGUAUAUUUUUAGCUAAUAAAGGCUGCACCAAAGCCAUAAUAAGAGUAAAAGAAUUUAUUUAAAAAUAUUUAGGAAAUUACAUAAUUAAGAGAUCUUUGUCAUGUUGGAAGCUGGAAAUAAUGAUUAAUUUGUGAACAUUUGCAGAGAGUCUUAACUAGUUUAGGCUAUAUUUGUAAACAAGUGCCAGUGUAUGGCCAGUCAGAGGUUUGAGUUUUAUUUUCCUAAACUUGAUUGUGCUGUGCAUGUAUUGAAUGGGUUGUUUGACUUGUAUGUCAUGAACACAGACUACAGUAUAACCCGAAACAAAAUUUCCUUGGUGUGGAUUCAAUAGUGGUGUACACAAUUACUUAGUUUAUUUAUUUUUUAUUAAAUCAAAUUAUUCGGAUGAGCUUUCCCCCCUGUGUAUGGUGCAAUGUAGGUUAAAAUAGUUACUGGCUGGCCUUGCACAGUGUGGAAAUUUUAAAUAAAUGAAACAUGUUUCUAACUAAAUGUGAUUUAAACCUACUUGAAUUUUAAUGCAACUAAGCCACUGUAGCAGCCUGGUUGCAACUAAAAUUACUUUUGGGAUGGGGUGGGGACAGGAGAUUCGACAAGCUGCAGGUAUGUUUGAAUCUGCUUCUCACAAUGGUUGCUAAAUAAUGUAUUUAAGUACUUAUACCAGCUUUUCACCUCCCUGCAGUGCAGCUUUGGAUAGGGUGCCAUGAAAACUAGUUGACUAUCUAGGAAGCACAUUCAAAUAUUCCCGCAACCAUAUGAUGCCUUGAGCCUACAGAAGCAUUUGGGCAGCAGCGAAAUCACUGCAGCAAACAUUUGAGUCAGGCCAAAAGCAAAUUGUUUAGGGAGUGCAAUUAUUAAACUUUUUUUUUUUACAUUUUGCUGCCUGAAAAUAUAUAAAGAUGUUUGUGUUGAUUUACCUGAGUUUUAUUUAGACAUAAAUGAAUACACUAAACAAGAUCUAUAAGCCAAAUAAUAAAAAAAUAUGGUAAGUGAUCUGGACAUUAAAGUGCUAACUGUAAUACCUGUACUUUGUGAUUCUCUGUGCAUUAGUAAUUUUAUUUUUCCAAUACUAAUUUCUCUUGUGUACAAAUGGCACAAUCCAAACAAAGUUAAGCAUGUUUAAGUCCCAUUGAUUUCAUAUGAAGAUACUUGAGCACAUGCUAAAAGAAUAACCUCUUGAUUUCUAUCUUUGGCUGGAUUGUGUCUAAUAUAUAUUUUGUACUUGCAGUCAGAAGCACAAAAUCCAAGAAAUUUAAAAAAAUGUUAUUGUUCUUUAAAGAAAAUGAAGGGUGGGGGAGCUCUCCUUUAACAUAGAAUUAAAAGUUAAAUAGAAUAAUGAUUUUGUCCACAAUAAAAAUUGGCCAGAACAAGGGAACUUGAUAAUGAAUCAAGAAUUACUGGUAUCACUGUUCCUCUGUGAGAAAUUCCAGAAAUGGUAUGCUCCUUGUAUAUCCACAACAUUAUUUUGAGACAAAAGGCUUUGAGGCAAGGCGGCUUAGCGUUCAGAAGCAACAGGUAUUUGACAGACAACAACAAAUGAAGAAUGAGGAAGCCCAUGCUAGCACAAAGAAUGUGUCAGCAAACAUUUGUAAUAUCUUUGUGUUUUCACAUUUUAUACCAUGAAUAAAAUAAUUUGACUAGAAAAUGUUUGCAGAACUUGAACUUUGGCAAAUAAAUGUGCCAUUUGUCCAGUUUUAUCAAUUCAACAGUUCAACAAUAUUUGUCCAUCCCAUGGAAGCACGAUAUAGUUGUACAUGUAAGACAAUUUACUUUGUAUAAAGUUUCUUUGGUGUGAUGUUUGGGAGAAUUACCAUUAUCCUCUUGGUUGGCAUUUCAGAUUGAUUGUGUUUGACCAAACUAUCAGAAUAAGGCUGUGUACAGAUGAUUCAAAUACUUGGGAGUCAGAACUGCAGAUUGUUUCUGGCCACGGGAUACACAUUCAUUUUGGGAGGACUGCUUUGAUAUCUGGUCAAACUGGUUUUGAAUGACUUAGUAGUACUAUGCUGAAUUUUCUCAGGGUUUGAAUUUUGAAAAAGGAAACUUUAGGCAUUGGGUAAAGUUUUAUGAAAGAGCCUCUUACCUUUUCAUUCCAGUUUCCUGCUGUUCACAGCAUUAAUCAGUUGACAUUGGUGUGGGGGGGAGGGGAAUCUUGCUUUCUACAAACACAGAGGUUGGCAUGUUGCCAUUCAGAUUUGACCAGGAGGGCUUGAGUGUGAGGACCUGUCCCAUACAUUUUUUCCUCUGACUAUAUUGACAAUCUCACUGUUUUAAAAUGGCCCUGAAGAAGCAGUUAAAAGGAGCUACAGGCACACUUUAAGGGGGGACCUGAAAAGAUGUGCAGCGGUUGGGUAACACUGAAGUUGUAAGAGAUAGCAAGUAGCUGCAGGAGAAACUGUAGGAGCACACGAAUGCUUUCACCACUUUUUUCCAGGCUGUAUCUUUUAAAAAUGGCAAAAUGGGGAAACAUGUUUUGUGGCAGGAGAAAAUAU